UGCAAUUACUACGACAUGAGUUUUAUAGGAUCUCCAUCAACAGACACUGGAGGAGGAGACAACGCCGACGGAGAUGGCACCGGCGGCCAGGAGGGAGACGGCACCGACGGAGACGCGGCGUACGACUACGAGGGAACUGACGGGGAAACUGGAGGCACUGACGAUGAGUUUGUGACCUUCCUUAGUACAACAACCACACCAGCUCCUACAACCACUGCAUCUUCAUCUACGACCACGACUACCAGCGCUUCAACCACCUUAUCAAGUGCAGAAUCCACAUCUCCCACCUCAUCAACAUCCUCUACAACUUCCUCCACCUCCACCUCCAGCUCAACCGAAAGACCGACAACAACAACAACAACAGCAACAACAACAAGAUCAACAACAACAACUACUACUACUGCGACUACGACCACUACUAUCCCACGUACCAGUACGAGUACGACCACCACGCGGCUCCCGACGCCCACCCAGGGGAGCUUCUUCCGUGACGACGGCGCGUGGGUGUGGGGCUCUCAGAACCGGGUCGCGACCUUUCCCCCGACGCCCUCCACCUCCGACCCGGUCUUCGAGCCCGUGACCAUCAACACCGGCUUCGGCAUCGUCGUCCUGGCCGAUGCUCAGGACGCCGGCGGCGUGGGCGUGCAGAGCAACGGCUUCGGAAUCCUUCUUCAGGACCAGGGACAGAACGUGGCGAGCUCCGGGGCUUCGAACACGGGUUUUGGCACAAUAUCUCGCUCGAAGACGGGAAUUCUGGACAGCUCAAAGCUGCGCUUUGGAACAGCCACGAACGGGAACUCGGCUUCGAGCGCAGACGCGGCCGCGCCCGGGAAUAUACGAUCCGGUACGGCCUCGAAAAUCUCUUUCCCCUUGAGGUCGGGGAGUGCCAUCCAGACCCAACCUUCCCAGAGUGCCGGUGUCGGAGAGGGCAAGAGAAAGAAGAGAAGGAGGAAAGGCAAGAGAAGGAAGAAGCCUUCCUCCGCGUCCGCUGCCCCUCCAGCGGCCGUCAGCUCUCGCGUUGCUCCACUUCCGUGACUUUCCCGGAAACGACUGGGCCGGAUCAUGCACCGCCGGCUGACAUCGCGCCCUCAUCGAGAUGGUGGCUCCGGCUAGUAGAUUCACGAUUCACGCAGGUCUGAUUUAUGCGUAGCAAAUUCCAUAUCAACGUACAAAAUAUCUUAGAUGGACUAAGCAGUGUGUACUGAUCGGAAAUGGCUAGUGUGUCUGCUGAUCCAUUAUAUACGUAAGGGUAAUAGAGAUAUAAACCGACAUGGGUA